AUGUCGAUUCCAUUACACAGUCAAAUUAAGCCUGGCACCAUCGUGUCUAUUGUCCUGAAGCAGGAUCAAAGAACUGGUCGUCAAGUUCAGGGCGCAGUCUCACAGCUACUUACAAGAGGGAACCAUCCACACGGUGUGAAAGUGAAACUUGUUGACGGACGUGUUGGUAGAGUGCAACAACUUGUCAACCAGAAUACUUCGACUUCACAAGUUGCAUCACAAUCUAACAAGAAGUACUAUCGCAGUAUGGCCGACCACAACCCUUGGGCCACGAAUGAGUCCCAGAGUACUCCAUGGCAGGGUCAAGGCCAGCAGCAACAGCAGCAACAGCAAAGCCAGGGAACUGGUUAUCCUCAGCAGAGGUUUUACAAUGAGCAGCAGUCCUACCAGCCAACCCAGCAGCAGUCCAGUCAACCGCUUCAGCAACAGAGCUACCACCCGUCACAGGACUACUAUAACCAGGCAUCGUACAAUGAACAGCCAACUGACAAUGCAUGGUCGGAUGCGACCGGCAACCCACCACUUCCACAGCGACACCCACAAUACAACUACCAACCUGCGCAAAGCAUGACUCGCAAUGAUACAGAUGACCUACUGGAGUCUCAGCCCGAUCGAGCGGAACAGAUGGAACACAUGCAAGCAUAUGAGGCAACAGCGCAAGAGACGAAUGAGGACAAAGACCGAGCACAAUUGGAAAGAGAGUUUCCUGAUGUCGACGGCAGUUUGAUUGCAGCCCUGUACAGCGAUACCAAGGACCUGAGUUCGACUCGGGAGAUGCUACAAGAGCUAGGCAGACAAUGA